UUAAGUGGUGCUCGUCGUUUUAUUUUACAUUUUUUGCAUAAUGAAAUAAAUGUUUUAAUGUUGUUAGUAAACAAAAUUAUUAUUAAUUGGCAUCACAUUAUGAUUUCAAAUCAUUUUUUUGUAUUAUAGAUAAAAAUUAAUAAAAUGAAUUAUUACAGCUUUAUUCUCAUUUUACUGGAAUGUACAUUAAUACAGAAGAUUCAAUCCGCAAAUAUAUUAGCUUUUUUUCCUUUGCCAAUUUACAGUCAUUACUCUGGCUUUAAAAUAUUAUUUGAGGAAUUGGCCAAUAGAAACCACAAUGUUACCGUAGUUAGUCCUUUUACGCCAAAUGAUCCAAUGCCGUCCACUUAUAAGUAUAUUCCUACUUCUAAUGUGUACACUCCUAAUGCAAGAAAAAAUAUAGAUCAUAUGAAAAUUAGAAAUAUGUAUCGAUUAUUCAAUAUGAUAAAUGUAAAACUAAACAUGAUGAAAAUGGUUAAACAUACAUUAGAAUUAAACGAAAUAAAAUUAUUUUUAAAUGAUACAAAAAAUGAAUUUGACUUGGUAUUAAUUGAAUGUUGGUACAACGAUGUUUUUUUAGCAAUUGGUGAAAGAUAUUCAGCUCCCAUAAUAUGCCUAAGUCCCAUGUUACCAACAGCUUAUCAAAGUAGCUACUUAGGAGUACCAAUAAAUCCAGCAUAUAUACCUUCUGUUUGGUUGUAUUAUUCUGAUAAAAUGUCUUUUAAGGAUCGACUAAAUAAUUUUUUAAUGGCGAUAGCUGAACUGAUAACCAACAAUAUUUUACGUAUAAACGAUCAAAAUAUGCUAGAACAAUUGUAUGAAUAUCCAGGACAUCGUAAUGGUUCGUCAUUAAUAGAUUUGAAGAAAAAUAUUGCAUUAACUUUUGUAAACAGCCAUUUUUCAGUCUCAUAUUCUAGACCAUAUCCCCCUAAUGUCAUACCAGUUGCUGGCAUGCAUUUAAGAUCGGAAUUACAUGAAAACCAAAAAGAACAUAAACAAUUAACACAUCUUCUAGACAAAGCAGUCAACGGAGUGAUUUAUUUUAGUUUUGGAUCAAUUAUAAAAAUGUCAAAUCUCUCAAAAAAUGUUGUGCAAAUAUUUAUCAAUUGUUUUAAAAAGCUACCCCAAUUAGUAUUAUGGAAAUGGGAAAACGGAAGUAUUGAUAACCUUCCACAAAAUAUUUACACUGCCAAAUGGUUUCCACAGCAAUAUAUUUUAAAUCAUAAAAACUGUAGAUUAUUUAUAACUCAUGGAGGUUAUCAUAGUCUUGUAGAGGCUAUACAUUUUGGAUUACCAAUAAUUGGAUUUCCUUUUUUUGUUGAUCAGUAUUAUAAUACUAAAUAUGCAGAAGAAAAAGGAUUUGGAAUAGAAAUUUUGAUAGAUACACUUAAUGAAAAUAUUCUUCUUGAUGCUUUAGCUAAGGUUCUUUUGCAACCUAGUUAUAGAAUAAAUGCAGAAAAAAUGUCCAAGUUAAUAUCAGAUUUUCCUAAAAAUACAUCAUUAAAUACUGCAGUAUAUUGGGUUGAAUAUGUUAUCAGAAAUGGUCAUGGUCCACAUAUAUACACGGAAGAUUUAAAUUGGAUUCAAUAUUUAUCAAUAGAUAUUUUUAUUCUUUUAAUUUUAAUUUUUGUUUUAUUGAUUUUCACUAUAUUUUCUUUUUUUUAUUUAUUAAAAAAUUAUAUAAAACAAAACAUAUAAUGAUAUUGAGACUGUGAAAACUUUUGUAUAAUAAAUAUAAUGUAAUUUGAAACAUAUGAACUGUAACUUCUAAAAAUAUAUAAAAAUGAAUGCAAUGUC